AUGCAGAUAAAUGUGCAGCAAAACGCUGCCGAGCCUCCUAGUCAACCUGGAUAUUCACAACCUUAUCCAGGGCAAGGAGGACUUUACCCAGAACAACCCAAUCAAGUCCUGUCUAAUCAUUCCUUUGUUCCACAACCUCCCCAGCAGCCACCGAAGAAGAACAGCUCGAAUCCGGUUAUUCUUGGUCUCAUCGGGUUUUUACUCAUCUGUGUCCUUGGUCUUGGCGCCAUCAUUGGAACCAGUUCCGAUGCUCCCACACCUACAGAUCCCCCAACGACAACGACUACGACUACAACCACGACAACAACAAUUGGCUAUUUCGAUGAUAUUUGUUCUGGUUCCUACGAUAACACCGUUGUUUCGUCUUUGGACAUCACGUCUCCAAAUUAUCCAAACAGCUAUAAUAACAACGCAUACUGUACCAAAGCCUUCCACUCUUCAAGCGGUGACGGACUAACAUUUGAUUUCAUCGAUUUCGACACAGAAUCGUGCUGCGAUUACCUAAUGAUUUUGGACGCAAAUGGCAAUACUCUUUAUUAUGUUUACGGAUCGUACACUGGUGCAGUCGUAUUUGAAGAGCCAACAGUCAUAGUUCAAUUUUCUACGGAUAGCUCGGUAACCUACUCGGGAUUUCACAUCCAAGUCAGCGACGGAAUCGACUCUUCGUAUUCUGAAAAUAUUUGCUCUCAAAACUACGAUAACAACGUUGAGACAACUAUGGAUAUCAAGUCGCCGAAUUACCCAGAAAGCUACCAUGGCUACUAUCACUGUUCGAAAGAAUUCCACUCUUCAAGCAAUGGACUCACGUUUGACGUUCUCUAUUUCGCUAUCCAUCCUUACGACAAUGUUUGGCUCUCUGAUCAGAAUGGAAACACCAUUCAAAGUAUUUCUGGCGUCGGAACUAUCCAAGUAUCAUCACCAACAGUCGCGUUUAACUUUUAUUCUGAUGGCUAUUACGCAGCAUAUGGAUUUCAUGUACAAGUCAGCGACGGAGUCGACGCUUCAUUAAACACUGACAGUAUCUGCGAUGGCGAAUACAAUAAUUACGUCGAUUCAGCAAUGAACAUCACAUCGCCAAACUACCCGAAUAAUUACAACGAUAACGCUGAUUGCACUAAAGUUUUCCAUUCUUCAAGCGGCGAUGGGCUCACUUUUGAGCUCAUCGAUUUCAACACCGAAACAAACUACGAUUACGUUUUCUUUUCCGAUAUAUAUGGAAACACUCUAGAUUAUUUUCACGGCUAUCACUCUGGUGAGACCAUUUCAUUUCAACUGUCAUCAGUCCAAGUUCGAUUCUACUCCGAUUACAUGGUGACAAGAUCCGGCUUUCACAUCCAAGUCACCGAUGAAUUCGUCGGAACACAGUCUGCAAGUAUUUGUUCUGGCAGCUACGACAACUACGUCAAUUCAACUUUGGACAUCACCUCUCCAAACUAUCCAGGCAACUAUUAUAAUAGCGCGGAUUGUUCGAAGGUCUUUCAUUCUUCAAGUGAUGGACUGACUUUUCAGUUCAUCGAUUUCAUCACCGAGUCGUGCUGCGACCACGUGACGUUCUCUGAUUCGAAUGGCGAUAUUCUUGAAACCGCGAAUGGCGUUGAAUCGGGAAUUAUCUCAUUCCAAUUACAGUCAGUCUACAUUCAUUUCCAUUCCGACUACUCGGUUACCUAUUCUGGAUUCCACAUCCAAGUCAGUGAUGGAUACGACCCUUCAUUUGACACAACGCCGAUUCCCAUCGAAAGUGGCUUGACCUGUUCUGAUCCUUACAAUCCACCUUCGGUUUCAAGCUCUCGAAUUGUUGGAGGACAAGAUGCUGUUGACGGACACUGGCCUUGGAUCGCUCAUCUUGGAGGAUGUGGCGCAACGAUUUUGACGAAAAAGGCAGAUGGCAGUAACGAUGUUAUUAUGACAGCCGGACACUGUUGUGGAUAUUUUAGCUCUGUCGACAUUGGCAAGCACAACGAAUACAACAGUACCUUCUUCACUGUCCCCAUUUUGCACUACGAGAUCCAUCCUCAAUACAAUGACUCAACAAUCUCUCACGAUUACUGCAUUCUGAUCGUCCCCAAUUUAAUCGACAAUGCGAUUCCUGGUGCUGUUUUUGAGCCUGCUUGUUUACCAGAUGGUCAUUUUGGACAUGGCAAACAAUGCAAUGUUGCUGGAUGGGGUGGAUUAUAUUAUGGGGAUUGGUAUGGAUCCGCUGUUCUUCAAGAUGUCGAUAUAACAGUUAUGUCACAGGACUAUUGCGUCGCCAACAGUCAUCUUGACUAUUCAAAUUUGGACGAAUCCAUGUUCUGCGCCGGAACUCUGGACAAUGAUGGCGACGGACUUGUUGAUGGUGGCAAGGACUCUUGCCAGGGCGAUUCUGGUGGACCAGUUAUUUGCGCUGAAAAUGGAGUGCCUUUUUUAACCGGCGUCGUUUCGUGGGGCUAUGGCUGUGCUAAUGAAGGAUAUCCCGGCGUCUAUGCUGAUGUUUCGAACGUGAAAGAUUGGGCAAUGGGCUUCUUUGAUUUUGAUGUUCCGUGCUUUGCUGAACUCCCCUACAAUCCAGAUACUGAAAGUUCUUUUUGCAACAUCACCUCCCUCGAUAUUUCUGAAGGAGAGACAUUUGGAAUAACGAUUCCAUCUAACUACGGCGACUAUAACGACUGCUCGAUGAAAAUAUCAAGAAUCGGGUCAACAAAGGCGAUCAAUAUGUACAUAGAAUAUCUUGACUUGGAACCUGGAUGGGACUUCCUUUACAUCAACAAUAAUGCUCAAUCAUCCAUGUUCUACAAACUUGUGAGCAUUGAUCAAGAAGAAGUUGAUUUGCGAUUCACUUCAGAUUGGAUUUUUCAUCAUUUCAAUGGACUCAAAAUGACUGUCAUGCUCGGAGAUUACGACAACGAAUGCGACAUUGCUGUGGCACGAUCGUUGAAAGAAGCUAAAAAGCCAAAGUCUUUACUGAAGAAAAAAGCUGGUUUCCAAUAA